AUGGGAAGUCAUGUGAGUAAAAAGAUUCCAAAAACAUCGUCUACGGGUCAUUUCACAACGACGCUAUCUUCUGGUGGCGUCGAAGUUCGAGCUCUUUCAUUCGAUUCGCUAAAACAAAUUAUAGAAAGUCUUCUAGAGAUGAAUAAGGAAGUUGUCAGAGUAAUCUUGGAGUGCAAGAAAGACAUAUGCAAAUGUCAAGAACUGUUUGAUUUAGUGGAAGAGUAUUUUGAAAACAGUUUACAAACAUUGGAUUUCUGCACUGCAUUGGAAAAGUGUUUGAAAAGAGCUAGGGAUAACCAAUUGCUUAUUCUUGUAGCGAUUCAACGGUUCGAGGAAGAGUUUGAAUCUGGAGGUAAAUGUUAUGCGAGGACAUUACAAGAAUUGAAGAAUUUUAAAGCGACCGGUGAUCCUUUCACCGAGGAAUUCUUCAAAAAGUUUCGAUCUGUGUAUAGGCGAGAGAUAACAAUGGUUGAGAAACUUCAAGGAAGAAAGAACAAGCUGGAUAAUAAACUGAAAUUUAUACAUUCAUGGAAGAAAGUUUCGAGUAUGGUAUUUGUGGCUGCAUUAGCAGCUGUUUUGGUAUGUUCUGUUGUGGCAGCAGCUAUUGCAGCUCCACCUGUUGCUGCGGCGUUAGCAUCCGCUGCAGCGGUCCCUAUCGGUUCGAUGGGAAAAUGGAUUGAUUCACUAUGGGGAAAGUAUGAAACUGGAGUGAAAGGACAAAAAGAAGUUAUUGAUUCAAUGCAAGCUGUUACACAUGUAGCUAUUAAAGAUUUGGACAGUAUUAGCGAACUUAUCGAUCGGCUAGAAAGUGAGAUUGAAUCUUUGCUGCAUAAUGUUGAUUUUGCAAUUGAAGAAGAGGCUGUGAAGGUUGCAAUGGAGGAGAUAAAGAAGAAGGUUGGUGUGCUGUUGAAGAAUGUUGAAGAUUUAGGAGUUGAAGCUGAUGUUUGUAGCCAAGACAUUAGGAGGGCAAGGACUGUUGUGCUACAGAGAAUCAUAAAACAACCUAUCAUUUGA